ACGCUCACCCUGCAUGAAACACACAGUUUCACAUCAAGCUACCAGACGUUUCUGACUCUACGAGUGUGGAGCGACUAUAAGGAGAAGAUGCGGGUGCUGCUGUUCUCUCUGGCUUUACUGGCCUUGCUGAAGGUUUUCCAUUCAGCUCCAAGUCAUGCUCCACCAGCUGUAUCGACUGAAACUGUCAAACGACUCUCUCUGGAAGGGGAAAAGCUCGUGGAUGAGGAGGUGCAGAGAGCUCUCUAUGGCAUUAAGCAGAUGAAAGAGGUGAUGGCCAGCAACGAGAAGAAACAUAAGCAACUGAUCAAGACGCUUGAAAACAGCAGAGAAAAGAAGAAGGAGGUGGCUGAGAUGGCUCAGCAUGUGGUAAAGAAGUUGGAUGAGGCUGAGCAGCAGUGUAAGGAGACUUUGAAGUCCUUGUGGGACGAGUGUCAGCCCUGCCUGCAAGAGGCCUGCAAGAGCUUCUACAACACCACCUGCCGUCGUGGCUUUGCUACUUUCGCCAAUAAGCUGGAAGGCUUCUUCCAAAGGGUAAACACACACUUUGGUGUGCCUAGCACUCGGGAAGAACUCACUGUGAACAAGAGUGCAGAGAUGGUCGACUUGGACUUGAGGAGGAUAGAGGACUCCUUUAACGAUCUGGUCUCCAAAGUUGACAUCCUGGUAAACCGCAGCAUGGCACUAGUAUUCAGAUUCCACAGCAAGCUGGACGAAACGCUGCAGCAGGUCUUCGCUCCAAAGCCACAGGAAGAUAAGGAGAUCGAAGCGCCGGACUCGGACUUCAUGCAGGGAAUAGGAGUAGGGCUCAAGGAAGUGUUGGAGUCCUUUGUCGACUUUACAAGCAGCGUGAUGGAGGAGUUUGAAUCGGUGAUCACGCAGGCUUUUGAUGACCUGCGUGGGGUCAUAGAAGAAGAAGAGACGGAACAAGAGAAACAUCUGCUCCCUGGAUUCAUUCAGAACAGGACGUUGUGUAGAGAUCUGCGCAGACAGUCAGCAGAGUGCUGGCAACUCCAGAACAAGUGCCAAGCCUGCCAGGGACCUCUAUUCUCUGAGUGUCCAAGCAUGCGGGAGUUACACAUUGAGCUGAAUGAAGUAUCUGGGCUUCUGGAGGUUGCUAAGGAGCAGUAUGAAGAGGUUCUAGGUAUUGCGGAGCGUCACACUGUGGACACCAUCAGCUGGAUCAACAACAUGGCCGGCCAGUUUGGCUGGGUGGCCGAGCUUGCUGAUGGUGGUGUCACGAAUGAGAACUUCUUCAGCGUCACCACGGUGGAGAAUGAAGAGGCAGUUCACGUUCCAGGAGAAGGAAUGAACACUCCGGCGGCUGACACUAAGGUUGAAGUGAACAUCCUGAAUGCUCCUCCUCUUAUAUUCACUGUUCCAGGCAGCCUGCAGCCACAAGACCCUGCUUUCAUCCAGUACAUAGCCAAUGAGGCUUUGGGUUUCUACAAACAGAAGAUCAGGAUGGAAGAUGCUUGAGACUGUCUGGAGGAGAAUGAGGUCUUUAACACGUGGAUAGACAAAUGUAGGUGUAGAAGUGUGGCAUACCUGUUAACACGGCGUACAUUUGAGUUCUCCGGUUGAGUAAACUGUUUCAGUGUAAUGGUUUAGUAUAGCAGCUAGAGCAGGGGGUCGACCAUACAGCUGAGCAGGUCAGAACCAGUCCAAUGAAAGGUUGUAACUCAGCCCAUCAGAUCAAUUCAGAAUUUAUGCUAUAAAUUAAUAUUAACUUGUGAGCCAUAAUUCAAUGGAAUAUUUUUUUUUUUUUUUUACAAAAAUAGAGCAAUAAGCCCAGGAUUAUAAACUCAGCCACUGACAAAAUGUGCAACAAUUUAACACAAGCUCCUAAUUAAAUUAAUUUAG